UGAAUAUAUUGUCACAUGUCUUUCCCGCAGGUACUCGAUGGUGUCAACUCCGGUAUGUUCCUAGUUUCCCCCAAUGGUGAAGUAAGUGUUUCUGGAAAUUUAGACUUCGAGACACAAAAGGAAUAUACUAUCGAAAUAGAAGUGAAGGAAGGAAACUUCAUCAAUAAAACGAAACUAACAAUUAAUUUGGUGGAUAUCGAUGAUUUAGGACCAGCUUUCAUAGUCAACUCCAGCGCAACAAGAACCGAUGUAGUUUACAUAUCUGAAAUAAGUAUUUACUUCAUGGGUGAAAUCCCUAUUAAAGGAGGUUCUAUUUUGGCGAAGGAUACCGAGUCAGAUAAAUACAAUGUAGAAUACACCCCACUAACAGGUAACAAGAAUGAUCACUUCACCAUUAAUAGCUCUUCGGGAAAAGUGUCUGUGAUAAAGAAGUUACCUGAGAAUGGAAAUGUAAUUGUUCUUUUUUUUAAGGCCGAAGACAUAUCACCGAAAAGGCUAUCUACCAAGGCCACGUUAGUUAUAUCCUUAAAUAAAGAGCCGACGGAACCAUCGUCUUCGACAUCAUUGGACUCAUCCUCUGUUACACCUGGACAGAAACAAAGCUCAACAGAUUCAAUGACAAGUACUUCGCCAACAAAACUCACACCUUCGUCAUCAGUAGACUCAUCCUCUCUUACACCUGGACAGAACCAAACCACAACAGAUUUACUGCCAACGGGACCCUCAUCUUCACAGUCAUCGUCAUCAUCUGUUACGCUGGGAGAGAACCAAACUACAACAGAUCCCUUGCGAAGUACUCCGCCACCGGGACCCUCAUCUUCGCUUUCUUCGUCAUCCUCUGUUACACUUGGAGAGAACCAAACCACAACAGAUCCCUUGCAAAGUACUUCGCCACCGGGACCCUCAUCUUCGCUUUCUUCGUCAUCCUCUGUUACACUUGGAGAGAACCAAACCACAACAGAUCCCUUGCAAAGUACUUCGCCAAUGGGAACCUCAUCUUCGCUUUCUUCGUCAUCUUCUGUUACACUUGGAGAGAACCAAACCACAAGAGAUCCCUUGCAAAAUACUUCGCCAACAGGAACAGCAUCAUUGCCACAAUCACAAUCAUCUGUAAAACCUGGAAAGGACCAAAGUACAGCCAAUUCCUUACAAAGCACUUUGCUAUCUGUUCCAUAUACACCGGAGGUCACUAGAGGUGAAAGUGAGAAAACUGGAAAAAAUACAACUGACAGUUCGCUUAUUCCAUCGUCGACAACUCCACUAGGUGUUCCAGCAUCGGAAGCCUACACAACUGGCGAGUUUUUCGGUGCUGUCGGAGUGUUACUGCUCAUUAUAAUAAUUUUGAUAGCAGUGAUACUUUUGGGUUAUUGUUGGUGGCGAAAACGAAAAGAGGAUGAAAGUUACAGUGAGGCGAACUCAGCGAACACAAAGCCGUUUGCCAAAGCAGAGUAUGACAGUAUUUCGAAGACUUCUUCCAAGAUGAACGGCGUUGAUAACAACGCCGCAAAUUUAUCAGAUGCACUAGAGAGCGGCCAGCUGCCAAAAGAAGACUAUGACAGUGUGCCGCCUCCUGAUACAAGCAACUUUAUUGAAAAGACAGAAAAUGAAAACUUGUAUACUACUUUUGGCCCAUCAAUUCACGGCAAUGCAGUUGGAGAUUCAGUUACAGAUGAUAAACCUCCAAUUGAUACCGUUGUAAAUGACCAAUUGGAAAGUAUUCCUACUCCAAGCAGCUUUCCGGAAGAUGUGGAUGGAAUCAAUGAUUACACAGAGGUGGCGUCUCAACUAUCUUCAGAAGCUCCAGUAACCAUGACAUUUGCUGAUUUAGGCAAGAAAAGUAACGUCAGUUUUGCUGAUGACAACAAUCUGUUGCAAGAUGACAACGAUGGUGAAGAUAAUAACCAGACGGAUGGUCUUUCAUACGUCGAACAUAUUAACAAUGGCGGCGGCGACGACGACGAUGAUCAUUCCAAUUCUGCAAAUAAAUUUGGAGAAAAACCCAACGAGGAAGAAAUGACGUGGGUUGUUGCUGACAACGAUGGCAAUCAACAUGGUCAGGACGAUGCUGAACAACAGGCAGACGAAGGAUCACCUGAAGAAACACAGAAUCAAUUGUCACAAAACAAUGAAAUAGCUUAUGCCCCGCUUCUAGAUGAUUCACAAAGAGAUUCAUGGGGAGCUACUAAUCCUCAGUAUGAAAAUGCCAGACUUUAAGGAAUAGUAGCAACAAAGAACCUUAAUCAAACCUAUAACAAGCUUCUUCUAUUCCUAAUCCAACGUUCUCUCUUUCUUCUAAUCAACAUUAUCAUAAUCAUUUUCAUAAUCAUCUACAAACUACAACAAUAAUUUUCUCCGUAAAAGAAGAAACCUUUGGUAUGAACUAAAAAAACAAAACAACAAAAACAAAAACAAAAACAGCAAAACCAAUAACAGACAAACAAGAAAAAAGAAUGGUAUUUAGCACAAACGCACUCACGCGAAUUAUACUACGCUCAUACAUACAAUACAUACAUAUAUGCACAGCCAUGCAUCCAUGUGUACGUGUAUAUAUAUAUAUAUAUAUAUAUAUAUAUAUAUAUAUAUAUAUAUAUAUAUAUAUAUAUAUAUAUAUAUAUAUAUAUAUAUAUAUACGUAUGUAUGUAUAUACAUAUGUAUGUAUAUAUAUAUAUGUGUAUAUAUAUGUGUGUAUGCAUAUAUGUGUAUAUACAUACAUAUAUAUACAUGCAUGUAUAUUAUAUAAGUAAACGUAUAAGUAUGCAUAUAUAUUUCUGUAUCAGUUCACCUCUUUUUGUAUAUACACAAAUUAUAUGCACACACACACACACACACACACAUGAUAUUUUAGAUCUGUCUUUAUGUGUGUCUAUCUGCGUUUGUCUUCUUUCCUUGUUAUCACCUCACUACCACGCUUGAGAACCGGUGUUGGUUUGUUUAGGCUCCUGUAAACCAGCGGUCCAAUAAAUGAAAUUGAUAUAAUAAGUAUCAGAAUUAAGGAAAAAGAAAACGAAAAAAAAAAAAAAAAAAAAAAAAAAAAAAAAAAGAGUGGAACGCAAAUACUGUGUUCGUUUUGCUCGACGGAGUAGUAUCCUUGCACGGUCGCAGUCCAAUGACGGAAACAAGUUAUAAAAAUCGAAAAAAUAUAUUCUCUUUUAGAUAUAUACAGAGACGAUAGAAAAAGUAAAGACGAAAUGAAAGAAAGUAAACAUUGAACACACAAAUAAAUGCUCCAGCCUUGCCUAAACUUAGUAUUUGAGACGCAUUGAAAUGAUAGAAAAAAACAAGGAGUAGAGAUAUGCGAUUCCUUUAACCAGAUACUACAACUUUUUUUGAUCUGCUUCAAACAAACAAAACGUAGACAGAAUUGAUAGAGACCUUCAGCACAAGAACUCCUCAAAACACAGACACACACACACGCACAUACACACAUACACACACGUAUGCACACAUACACACGCAUGCACACACACAUAUACACAUGCAUACACAAGGCGGAGAGCUGGCAGAAACGUUAGCACGCCGGGCGAAAUACUUAGCAACAUUUUGUCCGUUGCUACUUUCUGAGUUCAAAUUCCGCCGAGGUCGACUUUGCCUUUCAUCCUUUCGGAGUCGAUUAUAUAAAUACCAGUUACGCACUGGGGUCGAUAUAAUCGACUUAACCCGUUUGUCUGUCCUUGUUUGUCCCCUCUAUGUUUGGCCCCUUGUGGGCAAUAAAGAAAUAACACAUACACAUGCAUACAAACAUACACACACAUGCACAUGCACACACGUUCACACACAUAUUCACACACACACGCACACACACACGCACGUACAUACACAACCACACGCGCACACACAUACACUCUCACGAACACACACACACACACACGCACGCACACGCUCCACAUUGCCUGCUUUCAAUGUACAAUACUUCAUUUAAAUUUUAAUUUAUGUCUUACGCCAGGGGUUUUCAAACUUUUUGACUUGCGGUCCCCUUUAUAUUUCAGGCUUUACCUUAGGGACCCCCUUAUAAACGCUUAUGAAAUUUAUACAUAAAUAUUUGCUUAAAAUAACAUAUUUUUACAUUUAUUUAUUUAGCAGUAUUUAACAAAUAAGGUAUAUUGUCAAUUAAAAGAUUUCGAUUAAAAAACAUAUAUAAAAUCAAAUUGCCCAUAAAAAGUAUUUGUUGUCUACGGAUCCCCUGUCUUGUCCUUGCGGACCCCCUGUGGUCCGCGGACCACAGUUUGAAGACCUCUGUCUUACGCAUAAAAUUCAUCGUUAAUUAACUCUUGUCAAAAGAAGCAAAAAAGGGAAAUAACCCAGCAACCGGAAAGGAAAAGGAGAAAAACAAGCAAAUGAAUGAUAUAACAGUAUUAUUUAUCGUUUUAUCGCACUUAAUUUAAGAAAAUCGAACUAAAUUUGCUCUAAAAGUGCUUUGGUAAUUAAUAGGUAACACGGGUUCUCCGGGAAGAAUUGGCUAAAUAUUUCGUACCCCAAACAAAUGGACCUCUUGUACUUUGUAUUUUUGUUUAUUUUUUGUUAAUGUAAACACAGCCGUUAAUACAUACAUACUCUCUCUUCCUCCCCCUUUCACUCUCUCUCUCUCUCUCUCUCUCUCUCUCUCUCACACACACACACACACACACACACAGAAAC